AUGACCUCCGUUAGCGUUCUCACUUCAGACGACCUCCUUCGUAGUCAAGAACAGUCUCUGGGGAAAAGGAAGAGAACUUAUUCCCUACGCGAUACUCCCCUUCACCAGGAUUCUGCCUCAGAUAACAAUAAUGAAGAAUCUGAUGAAGCUGUCGAGCCUGCGUUUAAACCUAGAAUCGAUGGCGACGAGCUUCAGGAGGACGAAACAGAUGGGGACUCCGAUGAAGAUGAAUUCAUCAAUACAUCAUUGAGAACGACAGAACGAGUUGGAAUAUCGCGAUUCUCGAAAACAAGCCCUAGUUCACCGUUCAACACUCCCGUUCAAGCUCAACCGCGUUCUCCUGAUACAUUUGCCGCACUCGGUGUAUCUUUAUCUCUCCGUAAUACCCUCCAAUCAAUAUCGAUAACCGUUCCAACACCUGUGCAAGCCGCAUGUAUACCUCCACUUCUAACCGGGAAGGACUGUAUUGGGAAUGCGAAGACAGGGUCCGGUAAAACUAUUGCGUUCGCUUUACCAAUACUCCAAAAGCUUUCUGUGGAUCCGUAUGGCCUCUUUGCACUAGUCCUGACACCGACAAGAGAGCUUGCGUUCCAGAUAUCCGAACAAUUUGCCGUGUUGGGAGCUCCCAUGAACAUUAGGACAGCAGUGAUUGUCGGUGGAAUGGACAUGAUGGCCCAAGCAUUAGAACUCGACAAUCGACCACACGUUAUCGUCGCGACACCAGGACGGAUGGUUGAUCAUAUGAAGAGUGGACAGAAUGAAUGGACUUUAUCUAAAGUAAAAUUUCUCGUUCUCGAUGAGGCGGAUCGACUGCUUUCUCCGACUUUCACUUCAGACCUUUCGUACUUGUUUGAAGCCCUACCUACGGAGCGGCAGACCUGUCUAUUCACUGCAACCUGGACUCCGGCAAUCGACUCGGUCGCAAACGCUGCGCCGAAACCAGGAAAAGAGCCUCCCUUUGUACAUAAAAUGACCGAAGGAGUCGAAACAGUCGCAACACUCAAGCAAUACUAUUUCCUCGUCCCGUCGCACGUCCGGGAAAGCUAUCUCUUCUACCUUCUCUGUCAUCCUCCGGAGAGUAUACUCCACAUGCGUCGAGCACCACCAGAGACGUACAAAGACAAGAAGAAAGGGAAACAAAAGAAUAGAAAGCAGGCCGAUGAUACGGAAGAAAUCGUCCAACCUCCUCCCACCAUCAUCUUUUGUGCUCGUGCGAGAACAGCUGCCUACGUCACAUUGCUCCUGAAGAACCUUUCUGUCCGGAGUACUGCUUUGCAUUCACGAUUGACGCAACGAGAACGGUUGAACUCCCUUUCGCUAUUUCGGUCUUCCGUCAUUCCCGUCCUGGUGUCGACGGAUGUAGGUGCGCGUGGUCUGGAUAUCGAGGACGUGGCGAUGGUCGUGAAUUGGGAUUUACCUCAUGAGCCCGAGGAGUACACUCAUCGAGUUGGUAGAACAGCACGUGCCGGCCGAAGUGGAGUUUCGAUGAGUUUCGUCACAGAAAGGGACGAGGACAAGGUCAUCAAGAUUGAGACCCGGAUUGGUGUCAAGCUCGAAGAGUAUCGAUUACCUGAGAAAGCAGUCCUGGAGCAGCUGAAUGCAGUUUCCACAGCCAAGCGGCUUGCCAAUAUGGAACUGCAUGACACGGAGUUUGGGAAAAGGGAAAAGAUUCGCAGGCUCAAGGGCUCUAGAUGA